CUCUCGUAUUUGUUAAUUCUUAGACAUAAAUCUGUUUUUCUCAUACGGCAAUUGCUUUACAGAUAUUAUUCAUCUUUUGUUUUUUUUUUUAAAUGGAAGUGGGGAAUUUUGGUAAAAGAACCUCUCCCCCACAGACGGAGAAAAGCUAAAGUCGUGAUCUUUGUUUGCUUUUUUUUUUUCUUUCUCUUCUUACUAUGAAGAUAAUUCUAUCUACCUCUCACCUCCAUCUCCCAAAGGAAAAAAAAAAAUUGCAAUCCAAAUUUUCUGGGUGAUUUCUUGCUCCUGAGCUCAGUUUCUCUUCUGGGUACUGGAAAAGAUCUCAUCUUUGUAUCAUAUUCUGCAUUUCACUCCUGUCCCUCGAUCUCUAUUUCUCCCUGUAAUGAAUGCUAGAUUUACUGCGUUAAUGCCCGGAGGUGAUUCCUUUGUCAGUUUUUUCAGGGCUCUGGAGAGUUCGUGUUCGUCGCGAUUAGUUUCCUCCCCUUAGAUUUUUUAUUAGGGUUCAAGUUCUAACUUUUUCUCAGGCUGUCUGAUUUCUGGGCUGGUGCUAUUCCACUGAAUCAUAUGUUUUCCAGAGAUUUGGGUAUCGGGGUUUCUGUUUUCUAGAGAUUAGGAUUCCUUUUUUUUUUGUUCUCUCGUCGGAAAACUUGGUUGGAAGAACAUGGAUGAGAUUGAAGCUGCUAACAAAGCAGCAGUCGAGAGCUGCCAUGGAGUCCUCACCUUGUUAUCACAACAACCAAAUGAUCCCAAAGCCGUAAUGGUUGAAACGAGAGAAGCGUUUUGCAGGUUCAAGAGGGUUGCUUCUCUCUUAACCAGAGGGUUAGGACACGGAAAGAUUCGGAAAAUCAACAAAUUUAGGUCAUCUCUUCCCCAACACAUCUUCUUGGAAAGCCCCAUUUGCAAUAGUGACGUCAGCAGUGUCUGUACGCAAGUUCUUGCGCCAAAGCCUCUUCAGGUUAUACCUCCUCCCCCUGCCGCUGCCUUUGUCGAAAUUGACCCAAAACAGAAACUGGGUCCUCCUCCAUUGACGCUCAACCACAAAAUCUGUGUUAACAAGUCAUUUCUAGAGCUAAAGCCUCCGGCUUUUCGGGUUCUUGAUCCGAAACCCUCAAACCCGCCUUAUCAGUUAAUCCACAACCACCAGCAAGUGGUGUAUUCCAGGAGUAAUAGUGGCGUAAACCUCAAGUUUGAUGCUUCUGGCGGUUGCUAUACACCAAGCCUGUCUUCAAACCGGUCGCUGGGAUCGUUUGUAUCGUCUCUCAGUAUGGACGGUAGCGUGACUGAGUAUGAUGGAAACUCGUUCCACCUGAUCGGAUUGCCUCAGUCAUCUGACCAGAUAUCUCAGCAUUCCCGGAGGACAUGCUCCGGAAGAGGUGAAGAGGGCAGCUUGAAAUGCGGGAGUCGGAGCAAAUGCCAUUGUUCCAAGAAAAGGAAACUAAGGGUAAAGCGAUCAAUCAAGGUGCCUGCCAUCAGCAACAAGAUUGCGGAUAUACCCCCAGACGAGUAUUCAUGGAGGAAAUACGGGCAGAAGCCGAUAAAAGGCUCUCCACACCCGAGGGGAUACUACAAAUGCAGCAGCGUCCGAGGUUGUCCAGCGAGGAAGCACGUCGAGCGAUGCGUGGAUGAACCUUCGAUGCUAAUCGUGACUUACGAAGGCGAGCAUAACCAUUCAAGAUUGAUGUCCUCACAAUCUGCUCACACCUGACGAAUGUAUAUUCGUCUGACUCAGAGGGAUCCUGGACCGGAAGAGAAGGAACCGGGCAUGUAGCCGUGAUCUGAAAACUGUAUAUUCGAUUUAACACGAGUCAGAUUAUCUAGCAUCUUAGGUCAUCGGAUUAGGCCAUAACCAGACAAGAAUCUUGACAUGUUCUCUUACAGUUGGAAAGUGGUUUUUUUGCUACA